GUCUCAUUAUAAAUACAGCUGCUCUGUGACGGCCUCAGUAGUUUGUUACAGAACAUUAGUGAACAAACAGCAUCAUGAAGACCAAGGAACUCCCCAGGCAGGUCAGUGACAAAGUUGUAGAUACGUUUAAAGCAGGGAUAGGUUAUAAAAUAAUAUCCCAAGCUUUGAACAUCUCAAGGAGCGCUGUUCAAUCCAUCAUCCAAAAAUGAAAAAGGUUUACUACAACUGCAAACCUACCAAGGCAUGACCGUCCACCUAAACUGACAGACUGAGCAAGAAGAGCUCAGGUCAGAGAAGCCUCCAAGAGGCCCACGGUCACUCUGGAGGAGCUGCAGAAAUCCACAGCUCAGUUGGGAGAAUCUGUCCACAGGACCACUGUAAGUUGUGUACUCCACAAAUCCGGCCUAUAUGGAAGAGUGGCAAGAAGACAGAUAAUGUCGAUCGAAAGACAUAAAAAGUCCCGUUUUCAGUUUGCAGGAGCCAUGUAGGGGAGACAGCAAACAUGUGGAAGAAGGUGCUCCGGUCAGACCAGACCAAAGUUAAACUUUUUGGCCUACAUGAAAAGUGUUACGUGUGGUGGAAAAAUAACACUGCUCACCACCCUGACCGUACCAUCCCCACUGUGAAACAUGGUGGUGGCAACAUCAUGCUGUGGGGCUGUUUUUCUACUGCAGGAACAGGGAAGCUGGUCAGAGCUGGUUUUGGUGUAAUUUAAGUGUUUAAACAUGUUUAAUUCUGAGCUACAUUUCACUUUUUUCCUCCAAGACUCUGGCGUCUAACAUCACCUACAGCAUUUCCGUUCUGUCUCUGCUCACACUCACCUCCCUCAUAACUAACUUUCAUGUUGUUUUAUAAUGUCUGCAGUUCCCUCAGUGUGACUGUCAGAAAUGUCGGCCUGUCUGUUUGGUCACAUUCACUCACCUGUGCAGGUACACACAAGGUGGUGGAGGAGCCUCUGACCUUUAGUGACCUCUGACCUCCUGUUGCAGGUGUGUGUGUGCUGCUGCUGUUUGCACCAACUGUUUCUGCACGUGAGUUGAUGAAGUGAAAACAAUCAGUGAGACUCCAACAAGAACACAAAUACAUUUACUCUGUGUGUGUGUGUGUGUGUGUGUGUGUGUGUGUGUGUGUGUGUGUGUCCUCCAGUGUCUCUGUCUGUCAGUCCUAACCUUCAGCAGUUCUUCAGAGGAUCUUCUUUAGUGUAUCUGAGUUGUGUUGAUGAUGGACAGACAGCUGAUGGAUGGACAGUGAAGAGGACCAGAGGAGGACUCACUGAGGACUGUGGAGCAGCUGGUUCAGGGUUCUGGAUGAAGUUUGGUUCCUCGUGUUUUGUGGAUCUUUCUGCUCCCAGUGAAACCUUCUGGUGUGAGGACUCCUCUGGACAGCAGAGUGACAGAGUCUCCUUCAGUGUCCAAUCAGAGACUAAAGAAAAAAAUGUUAUACUGGAGAUCCCUGCACUUCCUGUGAGGACAGGAAGUGAUGUCAUUCUGCUCUGCAGGCAGAGGAAUGGUGCCACAGUCACAGCUUAUUUCUUCAUUAAUGGGCAUCAACCUGAAAAUAAAAGUAAACCACAGCACAACAUCACUAACAUCACGCAGGCUGAUGAAGGUCUUUACUGGUGUUCUACUGAUCAGGGUGGAAACUCCCCUAACAGCUCUCUGAGGGUCAGAGAUCCUCAUACAAUCAUCCAUCCUCCACCUCCUCACUGUCCUCCUCCUCCUCCCUCUCUCCUGGUCCCAGUUGUAGCAGGUCUGGCCUUUGUGGUUCUCCUGGUUCUGGUUCUGGGUUUGGUUCUGCUCCUCUGCUGGAAACUUAAAGACAAACAUGCUGCUGAUCCACAAGCUGUCUACUCUGAUGUGAGGACUCAAACUUCAGGUCCUGAGGAUGUUGCCUAUGGUCAGGUGGUCAUCAAAAGCAAGAAAAAGGCUGGCAAGAGAACAGAGCAGUCACCUGAUCCAUAUGCUGUGUACUCAUCAGUGAGAGCAGGUAACAUUUACAUACAGGUGUAUUUAAAUAAAGGUCAGAGGUGAACAGCUGACAUCAGUGGUGUUUGUCUCUGAACAGGAAGCUGAGGACACACUCGGUCUGAUGGACGACCUUCAUCCUUCACUCUGCUCCUCUUUCAGAGCCUGCUGAGGCUUCAUCAGUUAUUCCUGAAUCUUCAUUAGUCAGUAUUGAUCAUGGAGGAGAAAGGUUCUACUUUAAGUAUUAGUUUUAGCUGUUUUCAUUCUUCUGCAAACAUGUUAAUGACUUUAAAGGAUCCAUAUACAUGUAUUAAAGGAAGGACCUGUGUUUAAUAAAAGUUUGUUUAAAACAUCCCAGAGGUGUCGGUGUCUGUUAAAUCUGACUGCCUGUAUCAGUCAGUCCCUGUGAGGUCCUGAUGUGUCUGAAACAGAACUGAUUCCUAUAGUUCUGAAUGAUUUGAUAACCAUUUGAUUGUUGAUUGUUUUUCUCUGUAUGUAUUACUCUAUGUAUUAUUGUAGGGUCUACCUUACCUACCUACUUUCACAAUUUUCAAAAAUACUGGAAAAAGUUUUCAUUAAUAGACUUGACAAAUUUAUAGAUAAACAUAAAAUAAUAAUGGACAGUCAGUAUGGUUUCAGACCAAAUAGAUCAAUAUCUAUGGCAUUAAUGGAACUAAUUGAAAAUAUCACCAACAAUAUAGAUCAAAGACAAUGCACAGUUGGUGUUUUCAUUGACCUAAAAAAAGCUUUUGACACAAUUAAUCAUGAAAUAUUACUUGAUAAACUGGAGUACUAUGGCAUUAGAGGAGUGGUGCUAGAGUGGGUAAGGAGUUAUUUGAGAGACAGGCAACAAUUUGUGAAGAUUGGUGAAUAUCAAUGAGAGUGCCUGGACAUUGUGGAGUUCCACAGGGGUCAGUAUUGGGACCAAAGCGGUUUAUCCUGUACAUCAAUGAUAUAUGUAAAACAUCUGAUAUAUUACAGUUUAUUUUAUUUGCAGAUGAUACAAAUAUUUUUUGUGCUGGAGAGAAUUCACAGCAGCUUUUGGAAAUUAUCACACAAGAAAUGAUUAAACUGAAAACAUGGUUUGACAGAAACAAGUUAUCACUAAAUUUGAAAAAAAACUACAUUUAUGUUAUUUGGAAAUUGUAAAAAAAGAUGCUGGAGCAAAAUUGUUAAUAAAUAAUGUUGAAGUAGAGCAAGUUUCUCAUACAAAAUUUCUGGGUGUGAUAAUAGAUAACAAAAUCUGCUGGAAACCUCACAUAAAGCAUAUACAAGCGAAACUGUCAAGAAGCAUCUCUGUACUGAGUAAAGCUAAACAUAUUUUGUCUUCCAAAUCACUCCGGGUACUUUACUGUUCACUUAUAUUGCCAUAUUUGGAAUACUGUGUGGAAAUCUGGGGAAAUACAUACAAAACUUCACUUCAACCAUUAUGUAAAAUUCAGAAAAAAGCAAUCAGGAUGAUUACUAAAGCAGGAUUCAGAGACCACACUAACAUCAUGUUCUUGAAAUUAAAAAUUCUGAAGUUUAUGGAUCUUAUAAAAUAUAAAACUGCAAAAAUUAUGUACAAAGCCAGAUACAAUAUGUUACCAGGGAAUGUACAGAGGAUGUUUUUUGACAGAGAAGGGGACUAUGAAUUGAGGGGAAAAUUAAAUCUGAAGACUCUUAAAGCACAGACAAAGGUUAAAACCUUUUGUGUUACUAUUUGUGGGGUAAAACUGUUUUACUGUGGACAUACAGCAAUGUUCAAGCAUUAGUCAGUUCAUAAAGAUGUUUCGAAAACUGCUUUUGGAAGAAUAUGAAACUGAUAAAGUUGAUCACCCAUUGUAUAUCUAUCACUGUAGCUAUGUUUAUACAUGUCCUCCUUGUUUAUUGCGUGGGGUAAGUGAUGAUGGGAAUUAGGGGUAACAAUGAAUAGUGGGAUUCAAUAGAAUGUUGAGCAUGGGGUAGGGAUUAAUAAGUAUGUUAUACUUCUUCCUACUCCAUUUCAGACUUAAUAAUUGUCAUUUCAUGUCAUUUAGACUCUGUUUUAUUUUAUUUUUUUGUUUUAUCUGAGCAUAUACGUGUGUGUAUUUACAUAUAUAUUCGUAUUUGUAAAUGCAAAUAUGUGUACUUGUGUAUAUAUUGUUUUUUUCUGUAUAUGUCUGAAAUAAAGAUACAAUAACAGUAACAAUAUAAAGAACCUUUAGGCGACUGUUGUUGUGAUUUAGUGCUAUAUAAAUGAAACUGAAUUGAAUUGAGUACUCGAGCAUGCUGGCUGAUAUUGUAACAGUUGUUGAAAUGUUAGUAUUUGACCACUAGGCGGAGCUCUUGUAAUGAUAAUAUAAUUAACGCAUUUUAUUUUGAAUGUUUUAUUGUUAUGUUGAGCAUGUUAACAUUUUCCUAUUUGCAUACCGCAUUGGUGUAAAGUUAAUUUGAUACAUGGAAAAUAACCGGUUAAUUUUGUAAGUGUAAGGUAAGGGCAGAGGUCACUUCCUGUUUUGGGGAGUAAGGUCAGAGAAGCUGCUCAUGGUGACAGUCUAGCCGUGUGAAUGUCAAAGAAGAAAUAACAAGUCCUAAGUUCUAAAAACACCGGUUUGUCUACUUGCAGGCUAAAUUGGUAUGUUUGUUUAUAUUUUGUGAAUUUUAUGUUGCAAUAUGUUUUAAUGCUGAAAUAUAAUAUCCUUGUACACCUGUAUUUACCAGUUCUAUAGUGUGCCUGUGUACGUUAAGAGAAGCACAGUAAACAUCAGUAAAGAAGAACUCUCGUGUGUCUCGUGUAUGUGUACAAGGCGGCAUAGAUAUUUUCCUGCCCUAAACACAUCAGGGUUACUAAAUGGACAAUCAGUGACUUCCU